UCGGUGUAAUCCACAAUUUUUUCGAAGACGUUGAAAUCAAAAAUGGCAAGCAAGCCGAGUAUGCCCGGGCUUCCUCCAGGAAUGCCUGAUCCAGAAGCAAUAUUUCAGUCUUGGUGGCCUAUCAUUAUUGCCUUAGUCGGAGGUCUGAUAUAUGGAUUGAGACAGUAUUUCCGAGGUGCUAGAUGUACAAGUGAGCUGAAAUUGGAUGACAAAGUCGCUAUUAUUACUGGGGGAGGAAGUGGUAUAGGCAGAUAUAUUGCUGAAGAUUUUGCUAAAAGAGGGGCAAAAGUUUACCUGGCUUGUCACAAAGAAGAUGAAGAGACCUUGACAGAGCUGAGAACCAAGACAAAAAAUGAGAAGAUUUUCUCUAUACAGUGUGAUCUAGCUUCUCUGAAGUCCAUUCAGAGCUUUGUGGAUGCCUUUAAAAAGAAGGAAGACAAACUCCACUACCUGAUCAACAAUGCUGGAGUGAUGAUGGCCCCACAGAGUACAACUGAUGAUAAGUUUGAGUAUCAUAUACAGGUCAAUUACUUAGGUCAUUUCUUCCUGACGCAUCUGUUAUAUGAUAUGUUGAAGCAGUCAGGACCAUCCAGGGUGAUAAAUACUACAGCGCCAGCUUAUCAGCUAGGACAGCUAGACUUUGAUGACAUCAACUUUGAGAAGAGGGAAUAUGUUGCCUCAAGUGCUUAUGCCCAGAGUAAACUUGCUGUUGUCUUCUUUACCAAAGAGUUUGCCAAGAGGUUUCCAUUUGAAGAUGAAGGUGUCUCUAUGAACAGUGUUAUACCAGGGGUUGUACGUACUGGCAUUCAUCGUCACAUGCCAUUCCGCCAGAGUGCUUUCAUCAGCCUUACAUUCUCACCAUUCCUCUGGUUUAUGAUGAAACAUCCAGAAGACGGGGCACAGACCACAAUAUUCUGCUCCCUAGCUGAUGCUCUUACAACAGUCACAGGCUAUCUCUACAAGGAAUGCAAGCGAGAGAAGUACCAUGAGAUUGUUGACAAUGAGGAAGUUCAAGAAAAUUUGUGGGAUGAAACAUUGAAGAUGCUUGACAUUAAAGAAUUUGGAAAAACCAGUUGAUGAGAAGAUUAUAAUAGAAUUACCUUCCAUCAUGUAGCUUACUAAAGAUCUGAUUGAAAUACUUCAUUGUUAAGCAAGAUUCUUUGCUAUUAUCAAAGCUUUGGGAUGUUUUUUUUUUCUGUUUCUAAAUGCUGCUUCAGCUUGUCCAUUUUUACUGCAGCACAAGCAGUUUAUUAACAACCAAAAAAUCAUCUGGGCCUGCAUGUAUCAACAUGCGUUUUUUGUUGUUUUUUAAUUUUGUAUUUUUCUCAUUUUAUUGCGUUACUGCAGAUUUUUUUUCUUCAACUUUUGCAUUAAGAUAGCUUUAAUAGUUUCAGAUGGAUAUGCUUAAUUCAGUGCUUUACAUGUCCCAAAUUAAAGUUCCAAAUUGAAUAUGUGUCCUAAUCUUAAACUUCAGAGACAACCCAUUAAAUAGUACAAACCUUCAUUAAGGAGUAUAGCCCUCCAUUAAUGAAUAUACACUCACAAUUCCUAAAUAUAGACUCCCAUUAAGGUAGUUCUGCAUGUUCGGAUCGAAAACAUUUCUAAAAUGUAGAAUUUGAUUAAACCCUGUCUUUAUCAAAACUUCAGAAUAUGCUUCAAAAAUUCAGCAAAUAGUAAAGAUAGGGUCGUGUGCUUGAUUUUUUGCUAGACUGAUUUGAAAAAUUAGGACCUCGCGUAAUUUUUCAUAACGGAGCUGUGGAAAAUCACAACUUUCGUAAUAUUUUCACAAAUAUAAAAGUUUUUCUACAAUGUAGAUCUUUAUGAAACUUCUCAGUGGUAAAUAAACAUAUGGUCAAUGCCAUCACUUCUGGUUUAUCAAACGUGCAGAACCUUUUAUGAAUAAGGACUCCCAUUAAUGAAUAUAGAGUACCAUUAAUGAAUAUAGACCCCCCCCCCCCCCCCCAUUAAUGAAUAUACACUUAUAAUUAAUGGUGACUCUAGGUAAUAAAUAUAGACUCUAGUUAAUGAAUAUAGACUCCCAUUAAGUACUGAACCUGAUCUUGCCACUUAGAAUCUUAUCUUUGUACUAAACUUUUUUUACAGAUACCACUUGGGCUAAAAUUGUUUCUUAUAGAUAUAAUGACUACCAAAACUAAUGGAAAUAUGAAACCAUUUAUACAUGUAGAAGGGAAAAGUAACUGCCAAUUUUGAUUCAUGUAGAGAAGUUGGCAUUUACUUGUGGAGAACUGAUUAGUACUGGUGGAGAUUCCAGGAACAUAGUGUAAAUUUUAGAUAGAGAAAUUAUUAUAUAAUAAAAAAUCAGUGAAAACUAGAAAUGUGUCCAUGGGACACAGAUGCCCCCACUACAUGACAUUAGUCAGGGGCCAGAACUCCUACAAUACUGAAUGAAUCCGGAUGCGAAACCCCAGGUGCACAAAUACACAUGCUGACCAACAUUCCUGUAAACUUUGGUGAUUCUAGGUCAAAUACUUUUGGGGCUAUGCGCGACACAACAUUAAAAUGACCAAUUUUUUACUAAGUCAGGGGCCAUAACUUCUACAUGACUGGAUGAAUCCGGACGCGAAACCCCAGGUGCACAACUACACAUGCUGACCAACAUGCCUGUAAAGUUUUGUGACUCUAGGUCAUAUACUUUUGGAGCUAGGCACAACACAACAUUAAAAUGACCAAUUUUUACAAAGUCAGGGGCCAUAACUUCUACAUGACUGAAUGAAUCCGGACGCGAAACCCCAGGUGCACAACUACACAUGCUGACCAACAUUCCUGUAAACAUUGGUGAUUCUAGGUCAAAUACUUUUGGAGCUAUGCGCGACACAACAUUAAAAUGACCAAUUUUUUACUAAGUCAGGGGCCAUAACUCCUACAUGUCUGGAUGAAUCCGGACGCGAAACCCCAGGUGCACAACUACACAUGCUGACCAACAUGCCUGUAAAGUUUUGUGACUCUAGGUCAUAUACUUUUGGAGCUAGGCACGACACAACAUUAAAAUGACCAAUUUUUACAAAGUCAGGGGCCAUAACUUCUACAUGACUGAAUGAAUCCGGACGCGAAACCCCAGGUGCACAACUACACAUGCUGACCAACAUUCCUGUAAAGUUUUGUGACUCUACGUCAAAUACUUUCAGAGCUACGCGCGACACAACAUUUUCGGAAGGACGGACGGAAGGACGGACGGACAAGAGCAAAUCUAUAUGCCCCCCCCCCCCCAAAGUGGGGGCAUAAAAAUGUAUAAAUAUUUGCAUAUACUCUUUUCAGAAAAAAAGAAGUUGUUUUUGUAUAUCAGAAUGUUUAAACCUUUGGAAAGUACCAAAACUAUGAGAAGCAUUUAUUUCUAUCAAAGAGACUGCAAAACGGCUGUUUCCAACAUUUGUAUUCAUGUAAAUUACUUGGUUAUCACCUACCAAAAUUUUUUAUAUUCUCUACAGCAACUGAUAUUGAUAAAACAGUUGUAGAAUGGAGGGUCAUACAGCUCAGUGAGACAUAUAGAAUUCAGCAUUAAGACGAUCAUUAUAUCAUACAAUUUAUAUAAUCAGUUUAUUUACAUUUUAUUAUAACAAUAUUCGUACAUAUUUACAAAGUGUUCUUUGUUUUGUUUAUCAGUGAGCUUGUGUAGAUCAAAUGUUGUCAUUAAUAUAUAAGGGUAGUGUGUAUUAACUAUGUAUCACUGCAAUAAAGUUAUACUGUGUAUAAAGUAUAUUUAUGCAAUAUAUAAUAUUCAAUUUUGCCUAUGUGUUUGAGGAGGCUUUAUGUAAGAUAUAACUGUGUAAUAGAUAUUAUAGCUUUGAACAGAAUCAAAUCCAAACUUAAGAUAGACCUAUGUGCCAUAUUGAAGGGCUUAUAGGAAAUUUUAUCUGCAGGUAAAAAAGUGCAGCCUGUUUUCAUAAAAAUCUCAAUUUUCGAGAUAGUAGAAAUUUAUAAUUCUGUAUCAAUAAUCUAUAAAAUAACAGAUCUGAAAUUAGAUACAUGUAUGAACAUGGAGUGAAAUCUUGUUAAUUCUCAUGAUAACAAAGUGAGAAUUAAAAUAUAUCUGUAUAUUGAUUGAAAACGUUAGCUCCCAACUUUACUUAAUAAGCGUCUACAUGUUUGUUUCUUUUGUUGUUGGGUUUAACAUUGCACCGACACAGUGAAAGGGCAUUUGGCGACUUUCCAGUUUUGAUGGUGGAGGAAGACCCCAGAUGCCCUUCUGUGCAUUAUUUCAUCAGAAGCGGGCAUCUGGGUAGAACUACUGACCUUCCAUAAGCCAGCUGGAUGGCUUCCUCACAUGAAGAAUUCAAUGCCCCGAGUGAGGCUUGAACCCACACCGGUAAGGGUAGAUGCUUAUCUGUGUAAGAAGUGUUGAUAAAUUGAUCAGGUGGUACGUGAUUUCACAAAAACAUGACCAGUUAUGAUUCUAUUGUUUAAAAUGUUUGAUAAUAUCAAUAUUAUGAAAUACUCUGAUUCAUCAGAAAUUGCUACAUCAGACAGGAUUGUCACAGUAGUAUUUUGUUUUUGAUUCUGUUCACUUAGGAAUAUAUAACUGGAACUAUAAUAUUUUAUGUAAGCAUAAUAGCUGUGCCAAUAUGAUGUGUAUCUGUGUGAAAUAUAUCUGUGUUAUAUGUUUGAUGUAUUAUUCUGAAAAUAGUACUAUGCUCCCAAAGGAAGCGGUAUUGUAACCUCAUUGUAUGUUAGUUAGUUUGUCUGAAAUGCUUAAGUAUCAAAAAACUACCUGUACACAAAUGAUUAGCGUGAUAUGAUUGUGUGUUGACCUUCAACAGAUGGGUAUUUAUCUCCAAGGUCACAGGCAAGUGGGAGGGGGGGGGUUACACUUAAAGAGACAUUUGUCACAUUCUAGCGACACCUCAGUGUUUAAAAAGACAUAUAAUCAUAAUAGUAGACAUUAAAUUACUAUGGAAGAGAAACGGGCAACUUUAAUAUAUUAAGCAAAAUCUAUGCCUCAUUUUAACAUUGGAACAUCAGACUGAUCAUUUGACAGAAAAAAGUAUAUCUGAUCACUGGUCCUUCACCUCUGAUCCAUGUGGGAAGUUGUCUGUUACUUGCUAAGAACAGAUCGGUGUUGGUGUGCAUAGAUUAGGUUAAGUCAGUACCGUUACAGAACUGAAAUAUGGUGUGAAAACCAAAUAUUACAAAGAUUCUUGUGUAAAUAACUGACAAGUGUUACAUCUGAUUAUUCAAAGGAAACUAUUAUUUAAGGUAGUGAAAAUUGAUGAUUUCUGUGCAAUUUCAUGUUCUCAUCUGUUAUUUCAGCAUUCUUCAGCAUUAUAGCUUAAAGGAGCAGUGAUUUCUGUCACAGCUGAUGAAUGCAAAAUCACAUACAGAGAAAAUUUAAUUGCAUGGAAAUUACUGAUUGUCAUCACGCCUCCACAACCUUAAGUCUUGCUUGCAUGAUCCGGCCCCUUGUUCACAAAGCAUUUUUCGGUCUCAGCUGAGUUUGAGUUUGAAAUUUUAAUAUCAAUUUAAACUGACCGACCAUCGAUACUGAAAAGUCAUUUGAAAAUAGUUAUUAACUUAAAAUUUAGUUUUAAACAUGCUUUUUAGAUAUAAAUGACCAAGUUUAAUUAUCAAACUCAGCCGAGACUGAAAAUGUUUUGUGAACAUGGGGCCUGGUUGUAUGUACUUAGAUAGAAAUUGGAACUAUCUUAAUGUAGCAUUUACCUUGCACAUUUAAAAUUGUGAAAAUUCUCUUAUUUUCAAAGGGUAAAAUAAAGGCAUUAAAAAAAUAACCUUGUUGUUAUUCAUUCAAAUGUGUUCCAUUUUAAACAACAGCAUUUAUUUAUUAUUUUGAGAGUUCUCGUAAAUUUCACAUUGAUUUGAUUUACCUCGCGGAAAAUUUUGAAUGUCUAGUUUUAAUACUGUGAAUGUAGUCAGCGUGAUUAAAUUGAUAUUGAUUUGUAAUUAGAUUUCCUCAGAAUCACAAGUUUUCCCAAUUUAAUUUCCAAUUUAAUGCCUUCAUUAUCUCUUUUUAUAAUGAAACAAGUCUCGUUUUCAAUAAUUAAAUGCAUCAGUUGGUAGCAGCUUUGUUAUGUGAUGGUCUUCAGAAUCUCUCUGUGAAAUGAGAUUUGCUUGCAGUUAAAUAGGUAUAUUGUGAAAUGAUUAAAUUUCAUUGGCAGAGGAUUUUUGUGGUUUUUCGGGGAGAACAAAUUCAUGGAUUUCAAACUUUGAAUAUAAUAGCUAUACGUACACUCUAAAUAGUCAUCUUUUCAUUUCAACAAACAAUUUGGUAUCAAACAAAUCAGUAGUACUCUUAUAUUCAUAACACAUGAAUGGAAAUUUUACUUGUUUGUUUGUGAUUUUAAUUUCAUGGCUUACCGCAAGCACACAAAGGAAAACUAGUCCUGAAGAAUAUUAAUGACUAUAUCUGUAGUUAAAAAAGUGAACUUUUCAAGAGUACACAAAAAAACAUGUACUUUCAUAUACAGAUUCUAGUGCCGUUCAUGACAUAUACAUUUAAUCUGAAACUUUUUGGGGCUAAAUUUAAUGGUCUCUUUUUAAAGGUUAAUUUUAAUAUGUAUGCCAUUGCAAUAUAAAAUUUAGUCCACUGCUGUCCUGUAAUGUAACAUGAAAUACUUCGAUUUCAUUUUUAUCCACAAUUCAUUCAGAUGUUGUCUUCAGAGUCUGACCCAGCUGCAAUAUAGUUACUGGUAUAUAAUUGCCAAAUCUAAGAAUUCCAAAUUACAAUAUUAUAAAGAUGAGAAUUGUUCAAAAAUAAGAUAUAGAAUUAACAAUAGGCAUGUUCUAAAAAAUUUAAAACCAGGCAAGGGAUAAUCUCAGCUAGAAACACACAGAGAAAUGAAGCACAACAGUAAGUGCUAUAAUGUACAGAACAUCCUUUUGCUAUAGUUCUUACAAAACCGCAAAUAUGUUAGAUGUAUAUUGUUCAAAUUACAUGUAUUUUGGGGUAACAGUAUACCUAGAAUGUCUCUGAAUUAAGAUUUUUGGAAUUUAUAGAAAAAUAAAUGUUCAUAAAUAUUUCUACCUAUUCAUCAAUAGUAAAAUUGGAAUCAAAGGACAUUUCAUAGAUGAUGAUAUAUUAGUCUAGCUUAAAAUUGACAUUAAUGGAGCAAAAUUUACAUUUGAUUCUAUAAUGUGGACAGAUAAUGGCAAAUGCUAGUUAAAUGAUGCAUUACUGUAUGUGCUGUGAAUAUAAGAUUACUACAUGAUUUGUUUGAUAUCUGAUUGCAGGUUGAAAUAAAUGUUUAGAGUACUGUACAUGUAUAUAGUAACUUUUCUGUUUUUGUUCAAUGCUGACACUUAAAAGUGGUAAACAUGGUUUUUGUGAUGGCAUGACUAAAACCCGUUUUACACUUUCUUAAGUCUGUAUGUCAUUUAAAGCGUCAUGUCUGUAUGUUUAUUUAGGGGACAAAUAAUCAGAAAUAUUCCACUUUGAACAAUGUCGUUAUUUUGCAAUGAGAAAUGUAAUAUAUUGAAAUAAAAUCUGAUAGAGCGCAGUAGAUUUGUUAAUACAUGACUGUAUAUGUCUAAUGUGCGCCUUGGUUGAUCUAGGUCUUGCAAAACCAACUUCAGUUGAAUACACAAAGAUCAAGCUUA